AUGGCUGGUAUUGAUUCUGGACUUCCUUCUCGCCAGUGGAGUGGUAAACCUGUUCACACUGAGAAAAGCAUAUGCCAGUUGCCUCAAAAGAAUGCCAGAGAAAGUUGUUUAAGAAAAUUAGUGUUGGUGCCAUUUGGGAGUGGAGAAUGUGAAUUAGAAUGUUUCUCAACGCUUCGUGUCGAGGCAGAUAUUACCGAGUGUCAGGAGCAGAAUAUCACAUUUUUUACAGGUCUUGAAGUUCCUGGAAUUUCAACUGGAUAUGCUGAAGUAGCUCCCUUUUCUGAAACAAAUUCAGUCAUUGAUUCAGAUUUUGUAUUCCAUAUAUCAGCAGGUGCUCUCAUUGUGACUGUCCAUGAGUCUACAAGGAAGAUGAGGAAAGGAGAAUUCUUCUUUGUGCCUCGAGGUGUUCAUUAUGCAGUGAAGAAUGAUAGCAGGAGAAAGGCAGUUUUAGUAUUCACUAAAUAUAAUUGAUAAAAGAUACAUUUUCUUGCAGUUGCACAUAUAACAACUUUUUAUUAAAAAACCAAUGAAAAUAUGUAUUUGUACUUUUGUAAGAAGUUGAAGUGUUCAGAGUUAUUUGUAUGAAAGAAAGAACAUUAACUUUAUGUAUUUUCUUCAUGGUUUUGCUCUUGUGCAUAAAUGGAGCAUUUCACCUUUUAAAAAUGAGUAUUGUGAUCUGUAUACACAGUCCUUUUAUGGAUUUUGAACUAUAAUUAAAGGUGGUUUUACGUAAUAAACUUCCACUGUGAGAGAGUAAA